UGCCGCAAGAGGACGUCCCUGCACAGACGAUCCUGCUGCUGCUCUUGCCCUGGUUUAUGUUACUGAUGGGAGGACUAUUUGGAUGCCGGCGAUGGGAUGCUGAUCUGCAUGAAACGGAGAAAGAAGAGAGGUCCCAACCCGCCCAGGAAGGCCUGCCGGGGGCCUGAGAAAACAGUCCCCGCCGCCAGCAAUGCCUCGGACAUACAGCACGAUCCAGAGCUAACCAGGGAGGCUUGCUCCCUCACGCCACACAGCAGCCAUGCGCCCCCGAGCCCUCCACCGUCACCUGAGACCACCAGGCCCUCCCGCCCAGGCUCCUUCCCGUUUCACUGGAUGUGGGAACAUGUCUCCGUCAAAGGCCAGGCCAUGUACCAAGGGGCACCCCCCGAGAAGGCCAAGAAGAAGAAGUCCCCCCUGGCCUCCUCCAGCUCCGUCCGUGAGCCCCCCUGCGCGCCCCAGUCCAGCCCCGGAGCCACCGCUGCGAAAGAGACACGGUGCUUGGAAGGAGCCCGGCCCUCAGCCGGCGGCAGCCGCCCCUGUUGCUCGAGCCUAGCUCCCAGGGGCUCUCUCCUGUCGCUCUGCUGGACCAUGGAGGCCCGGUCCGAGGCCCGGAAGCGCCAGCUGCGCCAGGAGCGCAAGCGCUGGCUGCACCUCACGCAGCAGCUCCUCAGCCUGGAGCAGCGCUGCCCCAAGCAGGAGAAGUGCCUCCCUGGCAAGCAGCUGGAGGAGAGGCUCCGCGCGGAGAUGCUGUGCCUGGCCGCCGCGCCCGAGGAGCCCUGUCCCCAGGCGGAGAGGAGGGGAGCCAAGGCCGGGGCCCGGCCCGGGCAGGAGGGGCUGACGUUCCAGCCUGCCAUCAACCGGAGGAUCCCCGACUUCAAGAACCUACAGAGGCGCUUCCAAGAGCAGCUGGAGCGCAAGAAAGACCAAGCAAAGGUGACCGUCUGCAAGCCUUUCCGCCUUCACUCGGCCAGCGGCUCCCAGCCGCUCUCUGGAGAGGAGGACAAGGGGUGCCAGGAGGACCCCUUUUGCGAGGUCUGGAGGGUUCGCUGGCGGGCUCGGUCGUGCCCAGACUUUGGCCUUCCAACUGUUCCUCCCGUGAUGCCCACCAAAGCCUCCGACAAGCGGCAGGAAGCCAACAGGGUAACAUCUGUCGAGCUGGGAGAGGCGACGGCUGCGCAGCGUCUUUGGGCCGGUCGUCCCGUCCCUCGCGCAUCUGCCACGCUCAAGGCUCCUGCGCGGCUCUUUCCUGCCAGGUUGCUCCUGCUGGAGUGGGAGCGGCGGGAGCGGCAGGAGAAGCGGCGAGCCGAGCUGCGCCGGGACAAGGAGCAGCGAGUGCAGCGCCAAGUGGCCAAGUGCCUGGCCGCUUACCGGACGCCGGGCCAGCCCAGCGCAGCGUUCCAGAGAAGGCGGGAGGAGCUCAGGAGGCUGGAGAGGCAGCGGAUGGAGGAAUACUCACUGCAGCUUCAGAAGAUGCACAACCGUGUGGAAAACAGGCCUUACCUCUUCGAAAGAGUCAUGCAGGAGAACGCCCGCCAGGCCGUGCAGCGGCGCUUCUCCCAGGUCCUGGCUGCGCUGGGCAUCAGUGAAGAGAUGCUGUGGAAGCAGGCGGUGCGGCCCUCUAGCGGGAGGUCUUCGGCCAGGAGCACGCAUAAGAGGACAAAGUCUCCGGAAAGCCUCCAAGAACAGAGCUGAGGCUGAAGCACGGCCAAGAGGGGAUCCAGCAGCCGGACUUGCACCUCCUGGACCUGUAGCCACGAAGCACCUGGAAAUAAAGCUACCUUUGUGUGGGGGGGAGAGACUCCCCCUCGGUCUCA